UUCUGUAAGGGGUGUGUUCGUGACCAGUAGACUGUUUCCCGGGAAGGAAACACAUGUACAGUGUGUGGGGAAGAUAAAGAGCGAAGAGAAAAGAAGCUCUGUGGGAUUGUCGCUCAUUAAAAGAUUUAAAAAGAGUGGAUUUUAGGAAAAAAAUAAGUUAGGAAUAAAACACGACAUCUACGGCGUCAACAUCCACAGUACUUCUCUUUGAUCAUCAGAGAGUAAUUUGCAGCUGUCCACCAUGACAACAAAUAAUGGUUACCCCAUUGACUUCCAACCACAGAAAAAUGCAAUUAAUUCUGCCCCUCCAUAUAACCAGGGACCAGCCCCACCUGGCCACGUUCAAGUGCCCAUGAUGCCGGUUCCACAGAGACCCGAUGGCUGUCCACCAGGACUGGAGUACCUGACCCAGAUUGAUCAACUUCUUGUCCACCAGAAAGUUGAGCUAGCUGAAGUUAUACUGGGCUGGGAGACCAAUAAUAAGUACAUGGUGAAGAAUAGUAUGGGGCAACAGGUGUUUUAUGUCGCUGAGGAAAACGACUGCUGUAACAGACAGUUCUGUGGACCAUUGCGCUCAUUCGUCCUCCAUGUUCAGGAUAACUUGGGACAGGAAGUGAUGACACUCACACGCCCUUUGAAGUGUGGAAGCUGCUGCUUCCCCUGUUGCCUGCAAGAGCUUGAAAUCCAGUCUCCACCAGGCAACCCGAUUGGAUAUGUGAUCCAGAAUUGGCAUCCUUUUAUUCCAAAGUUUACCAUUCAGAAUGAGAAAAAGGAAGCUGUUCUGAAGAUCGUGGGGCCAUUCUGUUCCUGCAGAUGCUGCGCUGAUGUGAACUUUGACGUUUUGUCAAUGGAUGAGUCAACAAAGGUGGGCAGAAUCUCUAAGCAAUGGACAGGUCUGGUGAGAGAAUCUUUCACUGAUGCAGACAAUUUUGGAAUCUCCUUUCCUAUGGAUCUGGAUGUGAAGAUUAAAGCUGCUCUUUUUGGAGCAUGUUUUCUCAUAGACUUCAUGUUCUUUGAACACAAUAAAUAAACGAUACUUUUCUGGAUGUCAUGUAGAAUUUUGAACUCCUUAUUCUGAACAUGGAUUCAAAUGUGGAUCACUCUGAUAAAAAUAUAUUAUACACAUUACUGUACAUGAUAUUAUAUAGUCUUUUAUUAAUGUUCUUGAGCCACCACUAGGUGACAGCAAUUCCCUUUUAAAUAAUGUUGAGAUGUUCUCAGUAUCAACAAAGUACCUGCUCUAUGGAAUGUUUUGCUAAACAAUUAACUACCUUCAAAACUGUAAGGCAUUUUUACACAAUAUAAACAAACCUGUAACAAGCAAAA